AUGUAUGAUCGAGGCCUUUUUAACGCAUGUAUUAAUGAAAUUGCAGUAAGGCUCUGGCUUGGAAGUACAGUCAGUCCGCGAAGGCAGCACGGAAGCGAUUGCGUUGAAGUUGUUCGGCGCUUUGACCGCUGCAUUUAUUCGGUCCAAAAUGGCCGCUGUCGCUGUGCUGUUCUGCUGACUGCUUCAAUUCGACCACUUGUUGCGGAUCUCAGAAGUGAAUAA